AUGGAGACACCUCCCGAAUACUCACCGGCGCUUCUCCGCCGUCUCCUCCUUCUCCUCCUCGUCGCCUCUUCGCCGUCGAUCUCGUCAGCGACGGUCGUGAUCAAAGACGAAGACCCGUUGGCCACCACCCCGCCUCCCCCAGACGGGGUGGCCUGCACCGUAUGCGCCGCCUGUGACAACCCCUGCCAGCCCCUCCCCUCCUCCCCUCCUCCUCCGCCGCCGUCGCUGCCGCCGCCGGAACCCUCCACCGAGUGCCCUCCACCGCCUUCCCCUCCGGCCGAUGUCUACUACUACUCCCCUCCACCGCCGUCGCAGCCAGAUGUGGAAGCCUCUCCUCCUCCUCCCUCCUCCGCCGGGAGCAACUGCCCUCCACCGCCGCCCAAUCCUCUAGUUCCCUGCUUCUAUUGUUACUCCCCCUCGUCAUUCCCUUCUGGGUCCCACCAGGUGGGGCCUCUCGCUCUCGUCUCUUCUCUUCUUCUCUCCUUCCUCUUCUCCCUUUGUCUUCUGUUGUAG